GCGGGGCGCGCAGCCGCAGCGAGGGGUUUUCAAACGCUUUUUGAUUUCGGGAGGCUGUUUGUGUUUUUUUGUCUUGAUAAAAAAUAAAAAAAAAGUUGGUUUAUCCCGCGUUUUAUCCCAAGCCUCCGCCAAGGUGUUUGUGAGAUGUCGUCUCUAGAUGAAGGGCUGCAGGCGCUGGAGGAGGUGCACGGUGCUCUGGUCAGCAUCAUUUCCAACGACUCGGCUGAGACUCUGAGGAAAGUCGCGGAUAAACAGCGCCUGAUCUGGGAGCACUUCGACCAGACGGAGAAGACCGCGUCCCAGCUUGUUUCUGAGCUGCUGCAGGCGGAGGCUAGCGUUGCUCAGAAGCUGAUCGAUGCGGAGGAGGAGAAGAACAGGGGUCUCAGAGAGCUGGAGAGACUGGAGGAGGAGCUGCUGGAGGCGGCAUCCCGCAACCACAAACUCACGCAGGAAGUGGAUUUUCUCCAGAAGGAGCUGGAAGCGUUGAAAGAGACGGAGAAGGAAAUGCAGCGCCUUCAGGAAGAGAUCGACGAAGACACCACCGUGGUCAUCCCGUCCGCAGUAUACAAGGCACAGCUUUACCACAAGGUGACAAAGAUCAAGUGGGAUUAUGGGGCUGAGCCUCACAUUCUCAGAGGAGUUCACUAUGGAGCAGACAUUGCAACCCCUAUCAACAUUGACACCAGCCAGCAGUCAGAGACCUUUAUCAGCAAUUACCUGUGGAGUUUGGUCAGCACAGAGUGGUAGAACGGGGGGGGGGACGCUUACCGGUUCAUUAUCUGCUAGAUGUUUGCUUUGUGGUGUUGUAUUUUUCCUUUAUAUAUAUUUGUUGUAAUAAAGUUGCAGGUUUGUGUCUUCUGAACCGUUGUGUAUGCAAUUGUGUUUGAGUGAAGCACUCCUGCAGAGAGAGACUUGUGCAAGCGCCCCAUCUCCUUAAACGAGGUCCACCGUGCAAGAAUUCAACUCCCCCUCACAGAGAGAUGAGAAGCGUUGCAAUAAGAAUUGUUCUCUGAAAGUUAUCUUGCAAUAAACAAACACAUUUAAUGUAUAUAUAUAUAUAUAUUUUUUUUUUACAAUUUUACAGAGCGGUUUCAUUCAACAGUUUUUUUUCUUUGUUUUUGUAACCGGCUGUAAACUUCAGAUUCUUCAACCAGCAAAAUACUUUCUAAAGCCACUGCUUGCCCAAGCACCAAGGGGAAGAGUGACCAAACAAACCCACAGUUUGUAAAAAGGUUAUUUAAAUAACCUGCAUGCUGGAUUAGAUCAACAAAAAAAAAAAAAAAGAACCCGGUUUCGUUUUUUUUGAUUCCUGUUCAU